AUGUUAGCCAAGUGUGAUUGUGAUCAUGGCAUGGUAGCCAAGUGUGAUUGUGAUCAUGGCAUGGUAGCCAAGUGUGAUUGUGAUCAUGGCAUGGUAGCCAAGUGUGAUUGUGAUCAUGGCAUGGUAGCCAAGUGUGACUGUGAUCAUGGCAUGGUAGCCCAGUGUGACUGUGAUCAUAAUAUGGUAGCCAAGUGUGAUUGUGAUCAUGGUGUGGUAGCCAAGUGUGAUUGUAAUCAUGGCAAGGUAGCCAAGUGUGACUGUGAUCAUGGCAUGGUAGCCCAGUGUGAUUGUAAUAAUCAUGGCAGGGUAGCCAAGAGUAAUUGUAAUCAUGGCUGGGUAGCCAAGUGUGAUUGUGAUCAUGGUAUGUUAGCCAAGUGUGAUUGUGAUUAUGGUACGUUAGCCAAGUGUGAUUGUGUUCAUGAAAUGGUAGCCAAGUGUGAUUCUAAUCAUGGUAUGGAGCCAAGUGUGAUUGUAAUCAUGGCAUGGUAG